AUGCGUUCUUCUAUCGCUUUGCUCGCCGGUUUGGCGGGUUCGACUCUCGCUUACCCUGCAGAGGUUUCUGUCGACCGUCGUACUUUUGGCCUUGUUGCUGGGAUCCUUGGCUCCGUCGGCCAUGAGGUUGGCUCUAUCCUCGAUACCGUUCUCGGCGGUGGUGUUAGCUCUCACAAUUCAGCCACUCUGCUCUCUGGCUUGAGUGCCCGCGGUGCUGCUGCUCUUGAGGGUGGUGCUCUUGGAUGCAGCCACUCCACCAUCCACGCCGGUGCCCGUGCUGAGCUGAAGACCUGGUUGGGUCGCCAGACUCACAUUACUGGAUCCUUGAAGACCUCGCUUCUAUCCUGGUGUGAGGGUUCCGUCACCACUCUGGAUGCUGGUGUCACUGCCGGCCUGGCCGUCUACAUCCCCACCUGUGCCGACCUGGCUGCUAAGGAAUCCAUCUACGUCACCAUUGAUGGUAUCUUCGAAGCCUCCGAGCUCGAGUCUACUCUUGUCCUCAGUGCCUCCGCUCAGGCUUCUCUUUCUACCUUCAUCUCCGCCCACGUCGACCUCGAUGUUGAUGUCAAGGCUGGUCUCCACCUUUGCGCUGCUGGUGGUAUCGUUGGCAGCUUGGGUGCUGACAUCAAGGCUUCCCUCCUCGCCUGGGUUCAGGGCUCUGACUGCGGUCUCGAUGUCUCCCUGAAGGCUUCCGUCCUUGCCUGGAUCAACGGCGAGGCUGGUACUGAUCUUGUUGCCAUUGGCUCUCUUUCCACCGAUGCCCUGACCUCCCUGUCCGUUGGAGCCUCUGUUGAGGUUCUUGUCGAUGAGUCUGGUGUUCUCUCCACCGGUGCCCUCGCUUCCAUUGCUGCUUUCCUCGAGGCCGAUGUCUCCGUUGAUAUUGAUGUGAACGUCCGCGCUGCCCUGAAGGCCUGUGCUGAGGGUAAGCUUGCCUCUGCCUUGAGCGUUGACCUCCGCACUUCCCUCGCUGUCUGGCUGUCCGGCUCUGACUGCUCUCUCGGUGUUGAACUGAAGGCCGUCAUCCUGCUGUGGCUGUCUGUUGCUGUCACCGUUGAGGCCUCCGUCGAUGUUGUUACUGGUCUUCUUGUUGACAUUACCUCCUUCCUGACUGAGGAAGUCAUUGCUCUUCUCAGCGUUAACCUCCGUGGUGCCCUCGGCCUUCUUGCCGCUGGCGAGAGUAUCACCCUGCUCUCCUGGGAGACUCGUGCUGAGCUUGCUGCUUUCCUCGGUGGCUGCACUAGCAUCGACAUCAGCGUUAUCGUUGAGAUUGUUAUUAUUGAGUGGUUCACUGGUUGCACAAUCCCCGGCUCCGGCUCUGGCUCCUCCCCAUCUGGCUCUGCCUCCGUGCCCAGCCUGCCUUCUUCCACUGUCUCCAUCCUUCCCAGCGUCUCCGCCGGCACUGGCUCUAUUCCUGCCUCCACUGGUCCUGCUGGCUCCGGCUCGCUUCCUUCCGGCUCUGCUGCUAUCCCUACCGGCCCUGCCGCUACUGGACCUGCCUCUACUGGCCCCGCUGGUUCGGGCUCCAUUCCUUCUGGCUCUGCUCCUUCUGGCCCUGCUGGCUCCGGCUCACUUCCUUCCGGCUCUGGUGCUGUCUCUACUGGACCUGCCUCCACUGGCCCUGCUGGUUCGGGCUCCGUUCCUUCUGGCUCUGCUCCCUCAGGCUCUGGUGCUAUUCCCACCGGCCCUGCCGCUACUGAGACUACCGGUUCUGGCUCUGUGCCAUCUGGCUCUGCUCCCUCAGGCUCUGCCUCCGUUCCCUCUAGCUCUGCCCCCACUGGCUCCAGCGGAUCUAGCUCUGGCUCUGGCUCCAGCGGAUCUGGCUCUAGCUCUGGUUCCAGCGGAUCUGGCUCUGGUUCUGGCUCUAGCUCUGGCUCUGGCUCUGGUUCCAGCGGAUCUGGCUCUGGCUCCAGCGGAUCUGGCUCCGGCUCUGGCUCUAGCUCUGGCUCUGGCUCCAGCGGAUCUGGCUCUGGUUCUGGCUCUAGCUCUGGCUCUAGCUCUGGCUCUAGCUCUGGCUCUAGCUCUGGCUCUGGCUCUGGCUCCAGCGGAUCUGGCUCUAGCUCUGGUUCCAGCGGAUCUGGCUCUGGCUCCGGCUCCGGCUCUAUCCCUUCCGGCUCUGGUGCUAUCCCCACCGGCCCUACCGCUACUGAGACUGCUGUGACUACUCCCUGUGCUGGUGGCGCUGGCGCUACUGAGACCGUCAGCUACAGCACUGCCUACACUGAGACUAUCGUCGGUGGCGCUGGUGCCUCUGGUUAUACCGAGACCAUCAGCUACAGCACUGCCUUCACUGAGACUAUGUACUACACCUACACCGAGACCGCCCCUGCCCCCACCGCUGCUCCCACCGGUGUUUCCGCCGAGGCCACCACCAUCUAUGUCACCAAGACUGUCUGCGGAUGCGAGUAA